AUGUUAAAAUACGUUGGAAAGGAACUAUACUUGCACUGUGACCGGGAGACCUUAUAUUUUACGCGCUCCACAAACCUGAAUGUGACAAGUAGCAAGCGUUGUCCACGCAUGGGUUCGUGUAGUGGAGACAAAUGCGCAAAGGUGAACAGUACCAGUAUCAUCCCCGAGCUCAAACGAGGGAAUCAUUUUCCUGGUAGGACUGGAUGCUAUGAGUCAUGCGGAGGAUUAGGUUGCGAUUGCUUCUAUCCAAGCUCGGGCUGCCUAUUCUACCGCGUAUUUGCUACACCAGUUGACACAAAAGUCUAUGAGAUCUUCCGAUGUAUGCGCUGGCGUGAACAAAUCAUUAGCACGUUCUUCACUGAUGGUGAGGACACUGCAGUAUGGACAGGGGCCAUCACUCCAAAUCUCAUUUGCGACUCUAGAGAAAAAGCGCAGCGCAUGAAUUGCACAGUAGUGGAUGACUGCAACUGCGCCCCGGCCGAGUCCACUGUUUCAUGUCACUGCACGUCAGCACAUAUAUUUACUAGAGAAUUCGAUCAGCUUCAACAUAAACUCCCCAAAAAGACACCCUAUUGGGAAAUUCGGGGAGCCUUUGCACCUCAGCUACAGAAAUUUUUCACGAGGUAUUGUGUACUGAACAUGCUUUCGUAA